CGUAUUGCUGCAUUGUCAGAGGUAACAGCAUUACGUAGCAGGAACUGUAGGUGCUGUUUUCUAAUGUUACUACCACCAAAAGUCUAAGGAAAGGAAUGUAGGUGUUCGUAGAGUGUAUCAGCAUUCGGGGAUCGCCAGUGCUGCACCGAUAUUGUACACCCUUCAUUGCCCAUUAUUGAGGAUCUUUGAGCAGCUUCAGACACAUAAUUUGUGAGAAUCUAAUGGCUACCAACCAUUCUUUCACUGGCUCCGAUGACACAGCAGAUGAAGCAGUUCGCUCCACAUGUGAUGAUGCAACAGUUUGUAAAAGGUUUGCGGUGAGCAUGAACUAUUGGAAGGACCCAUACAUACAGUAUUUUAUAAAACAGCCAAAUGAAAGGAAAGCUCCUGAAAUCAACAGAGGUUAUUAUGCCCGUGUCAAGGCAGUGAAUAUAUUGAUGGAUGCUUUUAUAAAGAAAACUAGCUGUAAUUGUCAGAUUAUAAACCUCGGUGCUGGCCUGGACACCACUUUCUGGAGACUCAAGGAUCAAAACUUGCUUCCAAAAAAAUACUUUGAAAUUGACUUUCCAAUGAUUGUCUUGAGAAAAAUACAUUUGAUCAAAACAAAGCCUCCAUUGUCAAAGCCAAUUACAGAAACACAUUCAAGUAGUAGCCUGCUGAUAGAUGGCUAUAGCAUGGACUCCGAUCGUUACACCAUAAUUGGGCAAGAUCUCCGUGACCUGCCCAUAUUAAUGGAAAGAUUGAAGAAUUUUGGCCUAAAUACAAAAUUACCAACAUUGCUACUGGCAGAAUGUGUUCUUGUUUAUAUCACACCUGAGAAAUCUGCAGAAUUAAUCAAGUGGGCUUCAAGUACUUUUAAUACAACCAUGUUUAUCAAUUAUGAGCAGGUGAACAUGACUGAUCGUUUUGGCCAGGUGAUGAUAGAAAACUUGCAGCGGCGGCAGUGUAACCUUGCUGGAGUAGAUAUCUGUCAAACUCUGGAAACACAGAAAGAUCGGUUUCUUUUGAAUGGCUGGGAUCAUGCGAAUGCUAUGGACAUGAUGACAGUUUAUAAUAGUUUGCCACAAGCAGAUAUUCAGAGGAUAGAACAUCUUGAAUUCUUGGAUGAGAAGGAGCUUUUGCAGCAACUACUGCAACAUUAUUGCAUCUGCUGGGCCACAAAGGAUAGUGAUGAUUUUGGUAUUGGUGACAUUAUGUUUGGGAACAUUUGAUUUCCAUUAUGAAGCAAAGUGCAACUAUGAAUCCAGCAAUCAAUCUGCAUGAAAAGGGAAAUCCACUGAAACCUUAACAGAACACUUCCUUUGUGACUAAAUGUUUGUUGCUGUUUUACUGCAUAUAAGCACCAGAAAACGCUGAACUUGCAUCAUUUUGUGAACUUAAAUCCUGUAGUUUGUUAGAUUAGCAAACUACUUGUUUUGCAUCAGAAAGAUUGAUUUGUUUUAAUUUGUGAUAUUUAAUAAAGUUCUUAUUUGAGAUUGAUGUGUUCACCAAAA